AUGGAGGAUACGAAGGAGGAAUCACGUGGCUUGCCGUUGAAAAUGGAGAAAAAGCAGAAUGUGCUGCCUCCCUCCCCUCCAGCGACAGACGAUAGCGCUUCGGAUAAAUCCAUAGAGGGUGAAACAUCUGAUAUCCCUCUACCUCCACCAACUACUAUCCCUACGGAGGUCCUCGACAUUGACCAGAGCACCCCGGAUUCCCUUGUGCCUCGAGACCCAAGAUUGAUACGAUUAACCGGAGUUCAUCCGUUUAACGUUGAAGCUCCUCUGUCUGCAUUGUUUGAUGAGGGGUUCUUGACGAGCCCUGAAUUGUUCUACGUCCGAAAUCAUGGGUAUGUUCCUCAUGUAAACGAGGAAGAGAUACCCAAUUGGGAAUUUUCUGUGGAGGGACUGGUGGAGAAGCCGAUCUCUAUGACCCUGAGGCAGCUCAUGACCGAUUAUGAGCAAGUUACCUGUCCUGUUACCUUGGUAUGUGCUGGCAAUCGAAGAAAAGAGCAGAACGUGGUUCGGAAAAGCAAGGGCUUUUCGUGGGGUGCUGCGGGACUGUCAACAGCGUUGUUUACUGGUGUGAUAAUGUCCGACAUUAUCAAAAGAGCGAAGCCAACCAGGGGUGCGAAAUAUGUCUGCAUGGAAGGCGCGGACAAGCUCCCCAACGGAUAUUAUGGAACCUCUGUCAAACUCAAUUGGGUGAUGGACCCCAACAAAGGAAUGAUGCUCUCCUACAAAAUGAACGGUGAAAUGUUGAGGCCGGAUCACGGGAAGCCUCUUCGAGCUGUGAUUCCUGGUCAAAUCGGUGGGCGGAGCGUCAAGUGGCUAAAGAAGCUCAUUGUGACAGAUUCUCCCAGCGACAACUGGUACCACAUCUAUGACAAUAGAGUCCUCCCAACAAUGGUUUCCCCAGAAGAAUCUGCAAAAGACCCGAAAUGGUGGAUGGACGACCGAUAUGCCAUCUACGAUCUUAGCCCAAACUCCGCCAUUUGUUAUCCUGCUCAUGACGAGAAGUUAUCAGUCUCAGAUGACACGCAGAGAUACCGCACCCGCGGCUAUGCAUACAGCGGAGGAGGACGAAGGAUAACGCGUGUUGAACUUUCUCUGGACCAGGGAAUGUCUUGGCGUUUAGCCGACAUUGAAUAUCCCGAAGACAGGUACCGCAAUGUCGAAGUAGAACUCUUUGGAGGCCAUCUUGACAUGUCAUGGCGGGAAUCGUGUUUCUGCUGGUGCCAAUGGUCACUCGAAUUGAGCGUCUCGGAGCUGAAAGGGGCCAAAGAUAUCUUGUUACGAGCAAUGGAUGAAAGCAUGAACGUGCAACCAAGAGAUAUGUACUGGAGCGUUCUUGGUAUGAUGAACAAUCCGUGGUUCCGUGUCACGAUCCUGAAUGAGGGAGACUUUUUACGCUUUGAACAUCCUACGUUACCGGCACUAAUGGCUGGUGGUUGGAUGGAACGUGUGAAAAAGGCGGGCGGGAAUCUGACAAACGGCUAUUGGGGUGAGAGCAUUGGAGAUCAAGACAAUGCAGCGCCAGCUGCUGAGGUGACCAAAGAGGUAUCGAUGGUGAAAGAUGGCCUCAAAAAUUCCAUCACGAUCGAGGAUCUUCGACAGCACGACAAUAAAGAUUCACCAUGGUUUGUUGUCAACGGUGAGGUCUACGAUGGCACCGAAUUUCUCGAGGGUCACCCAGGCGGAGCCACCAGCAUCAUUUCUGCUGCAGGUCUCGACAGCACAGAUGAGUUCAUGGCUAUUCACAGCGAGACUGCAAAAGCAAUGAUGCCCACGUACCAUAUUGGCUCUCUAGAUGACGCUGCAAAGAAAGCACUUAGUGACUCUGAAGCCAACGCUACUGCCAAUGGUAGUGCAGAGCCCCGGCCUACGUUCUUGCAAUCAAAGUUCUGGAACAAAGCUAUUUUACAUGGCAAACGUAUCGUGUCAUGGGACACGAGAAUAUUCACUUUCUCACUUGAUCACCCAACGCAGAGGCUUGGCCUCCCUGUUGGCCAACAUCUCAUGGUUCGCCUAAAAGACCCCAAGACCAGUGAAACCAUUAUUCGAAGCUACACGCCUAUUUCCGAGAUAAACGACCAGGGUUUCAUGGAUAUGCUCGUCAAGGUCUACUUUGACAAAGACGGCGCCAAGGGUGGCAAGAUGUCUCAAGCAAUGGAUGCUCUACCUGUUGGGCAGUACAUCGAGAUGAAGGGCCCAAUCGGCAAAUUUGAGUACCUAGGUCACGGUCGAUGUACUGUGCAGGGUGUUGAGCGGAAAGUCAAAUCAUUCAUCAUGAUCUGUGGAGGCAGCGGCAUCACACCGAUAUAUCAGGUAUUCCGAAGCAUUAUGCAGAACCCCAACGACCAAACGAAGUGCAUUAUCCUGAACGGCAAUCGACAAUUCGAGGACAUCCUCUGCAAGCCGGAGCUGGAUGGACUUGCAGCUGGAAAUGAUCAUAGAUGCAAGCUAAUCUACACCCUGACGAAGGCGCCUGAUGACUGGUGUGGGCUCCGUGGCCGAAUCGAUGCCAACGUCGUCGAUCAGCAUUGUGUGAAAAGUCAAGACGCCCUGGUGCUAGUUUGUGGACCCGAGGCGCUUGAGAAGACCAUGCAUAAGGUCUUCUUAGAUAAGGGAUGGAGUGAUGACCAGCUUUUGUUCUUCUGA